AUGGAACAAAAAGCAAUAAUUCCACUUCUGCUCCUCAUCAUUUCCAUCACAUCGCCAAUUCUAUCUCAGCCACAACUCUAUAACUUCCAAUAUCCAGUCCCAUCACAUCAAAUCCUCAACUGCGUCUUUCAUUACGACACACAGACAUCAACUUACGACUGUGUCUCAACGAACACAACAGUUAGAGGACCUGGAGCUGGAUUUAACGCAUUUAAUGGAAGUCAUGUUCUUAAUCAUUCGGAUUAUGAUGUCAGUGGAUUGAGAAUUUCAUCACAACUUUGCAAAUAUGUGCCAGAUGGAAUUGGAGAUUUAAUGCCGAAUUUGAAAAAGUUACAGAUUACAAACAGUGGAUUACUGGCACUAGACAAUGGUGACUUGUAUAAAUUUCCAAUGUUGCAGUACUUGAACGUCAGAGGAAAUCGACUUGUUGAACUUCCAGGCUUAUUAUUCCAUCAAAAUCCAGACAUAAUCUUUGUUGACUUUUCUGACAAUUUCAUCAAAUUCAUCCAUCCAGCAAUAUUCUCAGAUUUCAACACUUUAAGGUACAUUGACUUUGGUAACAACAUCUGUGUCCAAAAUACUUAUGCAACUGACAAUUUUCGUGAAUGGGAAAGAGAAUUAAGAAGGAACUGCAUACCUGCUGAUCGUUAUUAUGGAAUUAUGGAGCCUUUGAACAGAAUCGCUGAUCAACUUGACAGAUUUAAUGGAUUUGGACAAUCUGGAUGA